GGAGAUGUCCAAUGACAUGAUGACUCUGGAUCCCAAGGAUUUUCCCACCGACUUCUUCGCCCCGCCUCCCGACAUCAGCGGUUUCACGAUCUCCAACCACUCUGGCGAAGAUGCUGCCUCCUGCGGCUCUCUUUCUUCGGUAUGUUAAUCGACAGCUGAAAUCCCCAGAUGACGAUCAGUCGUGGUCCCCGACCUGCCGUGUCUCUCCUCUGGACUCGAUGCCCAUGGAGUUGCCCAAGCCUGCCUCGAGAACCGCGAAGAGUGCCAGUCGCCGCAAGACUGCAACUGCAACCCAGCAGCAGAAGGCCCGCGACGAAUUGGUGCCGAGAUGGUCGUCCAGUCCCGAGAUUACACCGCAGGACUACCCCGCUGCCAGCGUGUCUCCUCUCCCCGCCCCCUCGUCCCCGGUCACCACCACCCGCAAGACGACACGCAGCAUGUCCGGGGACUCCAACGCCAGCACCGGCCCGGCCAACACGGCCACGGGCCGCAACGCCGCCAAGCGGGCCGCCCACAACAUCAUCGAGAAGCGGUACCGCACCAACAUGAACGCCAAGUUCGUGGCCCUGGAGAAGGCCAUGAGCGGGGGCAUCCAGAAGCCGACCAAGGGCGGGUCGGCGUCGCUGAAGAAGUCCGAGAUCCUCACCAACGCGAUCGCCUUCAUGCAGGAGCUGCAGGAGGAGAACAAGGCCCUCCAGAAGGAGCUGGCCAUGGUGAAACAGAACGUGCUCCCCAAUGGGAUGUGGCGACACAACAAGGGAGCCGAAGCCUUUCACGCCUAAUUCUUCCUUCUCGCCCGUGAGGCUUAGGCUUUCUCCUUCCUCUGCUAUGACCGUCACGAAUCUCUUGUAUAAUAUAUUAUGAUCCUUUUCUUUUGUUCUCAUAAGCUUGUUUUUUUUUUAUCUUGGGUCUGAGACCCCUCUCCUGUCGUGGAUGGCGAAUAUGGAACAACGGCUUGGUUUGGACGG